AUGCCUAUCAAACCAAGUUCAAUUACACCGCCGCAUCCUUCAACUGUUAGAGGUCAGGCUUCUCAUUUUGCCUAUGAUGCCAGGCAUGACAGAAUAGCUUACGUCAAUGGGAAAUCGGUGGUUGUGCGGCCAGCGGACUUUAACUCCGGCUCUCCUGUGGUUGUAUUCACCAAGCACAACCUGCCAACAACGGCCGUCAAGUUUGCCCCUUCUGGGUUCUACAUUGCCUCCGGUGACGCGUCUGGUAACGUCAAGAUCUGGGAUUGUUUGCCCAAGAAGGGCGACGAAGAGUUCGAGCAGCCAAUAAUCAAGAGCGAGUUCCAGGUCAUGUCGGGCCCUGUAAAGUCGAUUGCAUGGGACGCCGACAGCUCCAGAUUGAUUGCAGUUGGCCAUGGUAGGGAGAAAUUUGGCCAUGCUUUUUCUUGGGACACGGGGAACUCAAUUGGUGAUAUACAAGGACACAGCGACGCCAUCAACGCCGUCGACAUCAGGUCCCAAAGACCCUACCGAGCAGCCACCGUUGGUAAUGAUUUUGCAAUGGUGUUUUUCAAUGGACCCCCGUUCAAGUUUGACAAGAGUUUGCGGGGUCACCACACCAAUGUCGUUAGAGACGUAAAGUUCAGCCCAAACGGAGAACACUUGGUUUCAGUGGGAUCGGAUAGGUCCAUCUGUCUUUUUGACGGCAAAACUGGAGAGUUUGUUCAAAAGAUUGAAAACGCGCACAAUGGUGGCAUAUUUGCCGUGGCAUGGUCACCCUUAUCCGAUUUCUUUAUCACAGCCUCUGCUGACGCCACGUUGAAAAAAUGGGACGCUAAAAGCAGCACUGAAUUGCAAAUCUAUCAAGUGACAAGCAAGCCAUCUCCAUCGACGCAGCAGGUGGGACUAGUUGUUGCCAACGAAUACAUUAUCUCGUUGAGUUCGAAUGGAGACUUGAACUAUUUUAGUCCCGGUGACGGUGCCUUGGUCAAAACAAUCACCGGACACCAAUUGCAGAUCACCAAUGUGAAGUUUGCCAAAGACGCAGUCUACAGUGGCAGUUCAAACGGAAAGCUUUUAAAAUAUAGAGUGGCCAAGGGAAUGGAUGCAUUGCUUCCCGACCCAACUUUACUCGGCACCGAGGAGAGCGGACACCUGAAUUAUUUGUCAGAUAUAUUAAUAGAAGAGGGAGACCAAAACCUGUUAUUCACUAUUGGAUGGGACGACGAGAUUAAAAAAUGGAAAGAUGGCUCGCUUUUGAAAUCGGUGCACCUUUCAAAGCAACCAAAACAGCUCGUCAACGUCGGCGCAUAUAUUGUUCUUUUAUACGAAAACGAGGUUCAGGUAUUUGAUAAAGAACUCGAAGUGGUUGAAAAAUUCGAAUUGCCAUUUACAGCCACCUACGCCACUGCAUUUGGCAAGUCCAGCGUGUUGCUUGCAAACGCGAUUGGCAAUACAAUUGUACAGCUCGAUUUCGAGACAAAUGGAAAGUUUCAAACAAAUAGCGACAAGAGUUUCCCCGUUAUGAGGUCUGCACCGGCGCUCAUAAAAGUUUCGCCAAACGGUGAGUACAUUGCAGUAGCCGACUCGGCGGGCAAAUACACGCUUCUUGAUGCCCAGGGCCAAGUGGUGUCGACAAGAUGGGCCUUCCAUACUGCAAGGGUCUACGAUGCGGAGUGGACGAGCGACUCCAAAUACUUGGUGAGUGGAGGUCUCGAUGGUGGCUUGAUUCUUUACUCCGCUGAGAAGCCAUCCAAAGUUGUCAAGUUUCCUCUAGCACACGCUUCGGGAGUCAGCAGUUUGGCUUGGUUGUCGUACGAUGCUGAUAAAGGUGCCGGAACAUUUGCCAGCGGUGGCUUGGACGGAACAAUUAGAACGUGGAAAGUGACUAUUUAG